AUGGUGUUUAGCACUUUAUCUGCUUCCUCGAAGUUAUUAAUGAUAGUAGCUGAGUCAGACGUCGCGAGACGCGGGGGUGAUAUGGCGACAAGCGACAUCUUCAAAAUCAUAAAAAGAAUUCGGAAUCACUUGAAGAAAAUCGCGAUCGUUUCUUCAACUGGGUGCGCUAGCCGUUCAUGCGAGGAUUAUCGCGGCUGGAUAAUUCUGGGCGAUAUAAAACAUGGCGAGAGAUUACGAGGGUCCAGGCAAAGGGUGCUGCUGAGAGCACCCGUUGGCCGAUCCGGCAGCGAGGUCACCAUGCCAUGGACUCCGCGCGGACAUAAACGCGGUCUCUCGCGUGCAGAGAAAGCUGAGAGAGGGACGUUGUUUACGAUAUUACAUCUAUAAUACCAGUCAAGUGGCCAGUGUCCGGUCAUCGCCGUAAUCUCCUCUGC